AUGCCCACAGACACUCGUGCUGCAAGCGCACAACUUGUUUCAUAUAUCUCGGCAUUGCGAGACCGAGGCGAGUUCACUGACCUUGUCUUUUACCAUGACAUCGAAAGCUUCGAUGUUCACCGCGUUGUUGUUUGUGCCCAGUCCAAAGUCCUUCACAAGGCGUGCACUAGAGGGUUUGAGGAGGAAUUUACUGGCGUCAUUCAAAUGGGGCACGUGCCCCACCUUAAGCUCAAGCGAAUAGUCAGCUUCCUCUACAACGCGAAUUAUAAUGACGACCUACCAGAUAGAGCAGACAUAUCUCCGCUCCAACUCCAUGCCCAAAUGUUUUCACUAGCGGAUCAGUACGACAUUUCGAACUUAGAUACCUUAGCUGCGGAGAAGUACCUUUCUAAAUGCACAUUAUCCUGGGCGCCUCUAGAGUUCUUGACGUCGAUUCCCAACAUAUACACAACCACGCCUAGUAGUGUCAGACGGUUGCGCGAUAUUGCAUGCAUGAUAAUCCAAAAACAUUUACCGAAAAUGCUCAGUAAUAAGGAUGUCGCAGAUAUUAAUCCUUUGUACGGGCACUGCACAUCAUGUGGCCCGAGUCAACCAAUGGAAGCCCUUCAAGCAAGGUGUAAGCAAUCUAAGAGGGGAAAUUCAGGGUUUGGCUUUUACCAUUCCUGA